UAUUCUUUAUCUCACUUGCCCCCAAACUGUGCUUAAAAGCUUGAGCUGGUUGAAGAAGUUAGGGUUUAGGGUUCAAUGAAUUCAGAAGAAUUAGAGAAAGAAAUCGAAGAAAUGAAACUGAAUGAGAAAGAGAAGGAGCGUGAUUCACAUACACAGAGCCAAUUGCAAUUCACUUCCUUCACUGAACUCGUCAACGAUGCUAGCCUCCAUUUUCAGAUCACUCGCUUUCCCAAACAGAUAUUUGUGUGGAUUGGUUAUAACUCUGCGAAAUUGGGAUUGGUUUAUGCUGCGGCUUCGACUCGGCCGAACAAUGUGGUUUCUGUGACUUCUAUACUUGGAGGGAAUUCUGAUAAUACGGGUUCUGGGAUUGCUCGUCGAUUAGUGUUGAAAACUGGUCUCAAUAUAAUUAUGGCUUGCAAUAUUCCGAAAAAUAGUCCCAUGGUUGAGAUAGAAGCUGAAAAAAUAUUGAUACGGAAACUAAUUAGUCUGGGAUAUACCAAGUCAAGAGUGGAAGGAACUUGUUUGUAGCACGGGCUGAAGAGACUUUUCAUGCAUGCCAAACAUGCAUUAUCAUUUAUCCCAAAUGUGGCUACCUAAUUUAUAAGCCAUACUAACUAUUGAAGACUUUUAUCUUUGUUAUUGCACACAACAGUUACAAACAGUCCUCUAGCACGGUGAUGCAAAUGAGAUCACUGCAGAUGUUCCAAAUGUUCAAGGUUCAUAGGAAAAUAGAAAUUUUCUUGUAUGCAUGAUUUUUAUAAGUUCUUGCUUGCUUUUUGGAUUCUUUUGCUGGUAAUGACAAUGGUCCUGCUUCCCUUGAAGGCUAGACCAGAAAAUUAUGCUUUUUUUUUUUUUUUUUAUGUCUAUAAAGUCUUCUUUAAAGGAACAUAUGAUAACUAUUAUACAUUAUGAUAUUGUUGGCGGUUCUACCAUGCCAGAAAAGUGAGUUUAAUUUGUUAAGGUGAAAAAUGUUUAAGCAAUCAAGCUUUUUCCAAAGAUAAAUUUCACUUUUUUUUAACUCUUUGAGUAUAUUUUUCUUCACAAUAUUUUCCACGAGAAAUUCUAAAGUGAACUAAACAAAUAAACAAAAGACACAUUAUUACAGGAAUCAUUGUGCCGCACAAUUUAUAUUGACGGUGUCAAAUGUACUGUUUCAAUUUACUCAUUCAAAAUCAAACUGA